GUGAGGCAGGAGGUGUGUUGUGUGUAUGUGUGUGUUGAUGUGUGUUUGUGGAGGGGGAUGGGUUGAGGUGACAAGAGUGUGUUGUGAUGCAGGGGCACUUUUCCUCGAUUAGGUGGGCUCAGUUGGGCACAUGUACUUUUGCUUUUUAACUGCACUGUGGAACCGAAGUCUACAUCCUCCCUCCCGAAGACAUUUUUGGCGCCAUGCAGACCCCUGAAGCAGGCGCUGACUCCACCUCCACUGUCCCUCUUCAGACCACCGUGCCUGUCCAGCCUACCGGCUCCACCCAGCAGGUGCCUGUCCAGCAACAGGCCCAGACUGUUCAACAGGUUCAGCAUGUUUACCCAGCACAGGUGCAGUAUGUGGAGGAAAACAGUGGCGUCUACACCAAUGGCAACAUAAGAACCUACUCGUACUCAGAGCCACAGCUGUAUAGCCAGAACAGUGGAGGAAGCUACUUUGACACACAGGGCAGCUCAUCGCAAGUGUCCACUGUGGUGACAUCUCAUGGAAUGACCAACAACGGUGGAGGGGGCAGUGGAGGAAUGAGCAUGGGUCUGGCGGGGGGUCAGGUAAUCAGCAGCAGUUCUGGGGCUUACCUCAUGGACAGCACUGGACCACACCCUGCCACCCAGACCGCACGAGCUUCCCCAGCUACUAUUGAAAUGGCGAUUGAGACGCUCCAAAAAUCUGAGGGUUUAUCCAGUCAGAGAAGCUCGCUGCUCAACAGCCAUCUCCAGUGGCUGUUGGACAAUUAUGAGACAGCAGAGGGCGUAAGUCUACCACGAUCCACCCUCUACAAUCAUUAUCUACGGCACUGCCAGGAGCAGAAACUGGAUCCUGUAAACGCAGCCUCUUUUGGCAAACUCAUUCGCUCCAUCUUCAUGGGACUCCGUACAAGGCGCCUUGGGACAAGAGGCAACUCCAAAUAUCACUACUAUGGUAUACGUGUAAAACCAGACUCCCCACUCAAUAGACUCCAAGAGGACAUGCAGUAUAUGGCUCUGAGACAGCAACCAGUUCAGCAGAAACAGAGAUUCAAGCCAGUGCAGAAGUUUGACGGUGGCUCAGGAGAGAAUUACUCGGGUGGUGGCCAGCACCAUCCUGGCGCAGCAGAGCAGACAGUCAUCGCGCAGAGCCAGCACCACCAGCAGUUUCUCGAUGCAUCACGGGCACUCCCGGACUUCAUGGAGCUGGACCUGGGUCAGAGUAAUACGGAGAACAUCAAUGUGGAGGAUGUGAAAGCUCUCCAGUGCCUUUACAGAGAGCACUGUGAGGCCAUCUUGGACGUGGUUGUUAACCUCCAGUUCAGUCUAAUUGAGAAGCUGUGGCAGACGUUCUGGCGUUACUCUCCCCCUGACUCAGUAGAGGGUGCCACAGUAACAGAAAACAGCGGCAUUAGUGAGAUCGAAGCACGGCUCCCCCAAUCACAACUACUGGUGCUGUGCAGAAAUGAAGCAGUUCUCAAAUGGAUGAGCACCUGUGACCAUCUAAUGUACCAGGCCCUUGUAGAGAUCCUCAUUCCUGAUGUCCUGAGACCCAUUCCCAGUGCCUUGACGCAAGCCAUUCGCAACUUUGCCAAAAGCUUGGAAGGUUGGCUCAAUAAUGCUAUGAAUGCCAUUCCACCGAGAAUGAUCCAGACCAAGAUUGCCGCUGUCAGUGCCUUUGCGCAAACACUGCGCAGAUACACAUCUCUGAACCACCUGGCUCAGGCGGCACGUGCUGUGUUGCAAAACACUUCGCAGAUCAACCAGAUGCUGAGUGAUCUCAACCGUGUUGACUUUGCCAAUGUACAGGAGCAGGCAUCGUGGGUAUGCCAGUGUGAGGAAGGCGUGGUACAGCACUUGGAGCAGGACUUCAAGGCCACACUACAGCAGCAAAGUUCUUUGGAACAAUGGGCGGCUUGGCUGGACAAUGUGGUCACGCAGGUGCUCAAACCCUAUGAGCACCGGCCGAGUUUUCCCAGAGCGGCUCGACAGUUCCUGCUCAAAUGGUCUUUCUACAGUUCUAUGGUGAUCAGGGACCUCACCCUACGCAGUGCUGCCAGUUUUGGUUCCUUCCACCUGAUUCGCCUGCUCUAUGAUGAGUACAUGUUUUACCUGGUGGAGCAUCGCGUGGCCCAAGCUACUGGAGAGACGCCCAUUGGCGUCAUGGGGGAGUUUGACAGCCUCAACCCCUUAUCCCUCACUAACACUGAUAAAGAUGAAACGAGCGGGAUGGACAGCGACUUGGAAGAGGACACCGAGGAGUGCGGGGAACCUCUUGCCAAGCGGGAAAAAUCUGAGCACGAGGUGAUCCAGGUGAUCCAGGUGGGGGCACUAGAGGACGGCUCCCACCCCGUGGUGGGCGUGGUCCAGCCAAGCGUCCUCCACUCGCUGCCCCAGCCCCCGCAGGAUCACACCGACCAUAUCCUCACGCCCUCUGCUGGCACACCCACCAUCCGCCACUGCAGCGCCACAGGCAACACCUACGCCUCUGUUUGAGGGUCUGAAGGGCCAAUUUUGUCUGGCUGAUUUUUUUUUGGUUACCGUUUCAUUCUCUCCACAUAUCUUUCUCUCCGUAAGCCUCGAUGUUUUCCGUCUUUUUUUCCAUGCAUCGUCUGUCUGCACCUGUGUAGGUGCUGUCUGUGUCUUCACCGCUUAGAUUCUGGAUGUGGUGUCAUCCCAUUAAGUCUCGACGACAAUGCAGCAGCUGGUGGGGGUGGGGGGGGUGUAAAAAAGGAGGAAAAAGGACUAGUUUGACCCCGUUACACGUUUCCCGGUAUAUCGCGACAUAACAGCGAAAGCAGUCUGCGUACGCCGACAGGUUUAAUCUCCUUCAUACUACUGAUGUCUCAGAGCUCAAAUCCACGUCACCAGUCCCAGUGGAACAAAGUCAUGAAUUAACUCUACACAUUUUGUCGAUUGUACAUAGUUAUGCUGUACUUAAUUGGUAUUACCCAAACCACAUGGUGCUAUCAUUGUGUUUUGCUUUAAUUUCCAGUUAUCCCCCCCUAAUUUUAAUAUAAGUUACAGUAUAUCAACAGUCUGCUAAUUAACUUUUAGCUGAAUGAAAAUGUUUUUUUUGAGUAUUGUAUGUAGCUUAAAAAAACAACAACAACAAAAAUCAAAGGGAUGACUUUCUAUGUAUGUUUGUUUUGUUUGUUUCUUUAAAGGAUCAUGGGGCAGAAUUGUCUGCUUGGUUUGAAAAUGAUUUGGUAGCCACUCACCGAAAACCACUUAUAGCUUUUAGCCACACACAAAAAAGAAAACCCCCCUAAGGAUAUCUCUGUGCUGCUACUUGUGUGUCUAUGUAGAGAUUGAGAAGUUCGUUUUCUCAGCGCUAGCUUUCCUAUGCACUUCGUGCAUAACGCUUGCCUUUUUUAUUCAUUUUAGAUGCUCUGUAGUGUGGUUCAUGUGACGAGCCGUAAUCUUGAAAACUAACUUAAACUGGUUAUGUCCCCCUGCUGUUUUUUUUCCCUCAGUUUCUGUAUUAUAGACGUUUCUUAAGUUCACAAAAGGACCAAAAACCAAACGCAACAAGAGGAAGCUGGGAGUGUGCCGUCCGGGCCUCCCAAGAGCCGUUUCCUGUCCCACAGUGCCAUGUUGCAGAGCAGAAGGAAUGUCAGGGAUUAAAUGUACCUCGGCUUUAUCAUAGUGCCUUAUCCUUAAAUGCAGCUGUCCUUGUUGUCCUGACUGUGCGGUGUAGACAGCCCACAGCCCCUCUGCAUUGUCCCGGCCACAUAUUUGGCUUUCUGGUGACUCGUGGCUGGAUUUGGGCUGGCUCAUCAGCGUUGAGACCAAGGAAUGCAGGCACAGACACAUCUGUUGUUUUCUCUGGAUCAGCUCUACUAAGCUUAUUACGAACCUAAAUCAUGGUCUUUUUAGCCUUGCUCCUGCCCUAGUUCUGCCCUCCUGAGGCCUAUUCUUGCAUUAGCCUUCGUUAUUGGGUGAAGAGUAUGUAUGUGUGCGCGUUUAUACUGUACAUGAAUGUGUAGGUCUGCACUGUGUUUGUAUAUAUUUCUAUAUAUAUAUACAUAUAUAUAUAUAUACCUGUGUCUGCGUGCUUGUGUGUGUGUGUGUGUGUGUGUGUGUGUCGGAACACAUCUGUCAGUCACCCUACCUCAAACCAGUGGUGCCAGCCCUUUUGACGCGUGCAGAGCAGUCACCAAACACUUAUUGCACACACACCUCUGUACUGCACAAAUCUCAACGCGAUGGAGAAAAAAAAUCUGCAUUUGCUCUUUUUUCUCUCACCUCUGAUACAUUGAUUUCCGUUUUUAGCCCACACACACAAAAAAAAUGCUUCAUUCUUUGUUCCCCUGUUUGGAGAUCAUCUUUGUACAGUGGACCAAAAGUAGAUAUUUUCUGAUAUUCAAAGAUUAUAUAUAUAAAUAUAUAUAUAUAUGUAUAGUAUAUAUAAUGACGAUACACUACGUAUAUUUGUUGCUUUCCGCGUGUUUUUGAUCGGAUCGGUUUAUAUGUGACUCGUUUCUUUUGGUAGCUCCUCUGUGGUUAGUUUAUAGACUGAAAUGGGGAAAGGCAUGGGUACUAACUUUUUUUUUGGUUCAUUAGACUACAUCUAUACUUGAAGUGUAACAGCCUUCUGUCUUGUGGAGAAGAUUGAGAUUAAUCCUCUGAAUAGGAAGAUUUUGCUACUAAAAUGUCUUUUUUUUGCCUGUUGAUAUGUUCUGCAUAAACGUCUCUUUGCGGAAAAGUUUUAUUUAUUGAUAUUUAUUGGGUUUUUUUGUCAUUGUUUUGAAUUGCAUAUGUUAUCAUGGGAACUUGUUAUGAAUUGUGAGUUUAAAGCACUGCAAAGAGCAGAACUACUGUACAGGAGGACCAGAAGGUGUUUUUUUAUUUUCAUUUUUAACCCCCUGUGGAUUGAUUACGGAUGUUAAAGAAGGGUUGGCGCUAUUCUUUGUUGUAAUCAGUCUUUAAAAGU